AUGCGUUCCUGGAGCAGUGCACCUGUGCGCACAUCGACAAUCUCUGCGAAGGCCCAUCAUGAAGUCAUUGCCUCGUGCAACAUAAGCUUUGAUUCUGACAUCAGGCGCCAAUCCACGAGCAACGGCUUGAAAGGCCCAGCGGAGGCCGGUCUCCAGCAGGGCGCCAGGUCAAAGCUAAGCCAUCUAUCGGCACCUUUGGCCUUGGCUUUGGGCGUCUCGGCAGUUGCAGGUCACAGGAGGUCACUCCGAGCGCGGAACAGGCUCAGAGCAUUGAAAGCUCUGAAAGUUGAAGAGCGCUUGGCAUUGUCUCCGAAAGCACUUUCCUUCCUCCAAUCAGCAGAGGAAUCUGCAAGCAAGAGUAUCGCACCAGGCAAGGGCGGGAAUGCCUCCAUUGCUGGGAUUCAACGCGCAGAGCAAGUCUGGCAGAACAUUAAAGCACGUGCCUGCCAGAAGGCGGCUGGAGAUGACCUUGAGCCUCCCAAACAGGUAGUUCGAAAUGAUCGAAGCGAGGGGGCCAAGUCCUGUCCCGUGGACUCUGGAACGCAAACGUUUGAUGUUGUUGUUUGUGGCGGGACGCUUGGCAUCCUGAUCGCCAGAGCUUUGCAAAACGAAGGAUAUUCCGUUUGCAUUGUGGAGAGAGGUGUCGUCCGGGGCCGAGAUCAGGAAUGGAAUGUUAACUCCCAAGAGCUCGAGCCCCUGAUUCGACAUGACAUCAUCAGCAGAGAAGAAGCGUCCCAAGCUUUGCUUUCCAGCUGGCCACGCUCUCGUGUUGGCAUGGAGGGGGCUCAUGCCGUGGAAUUCUACGCUGGUGCCCUGAAUGCCGGCGUCUCGCCGAAAGUGUUGGUAGAUGCAGCCCGCAGUCGCUUUGAAGCAGCUGGCGGGGUGAUAUUGGAACGAACAAUGCUUGAUGCGAUAGACAUAUUUGAUGAUGGAGCGCUCUUGCAAUUGAGCAGCCAGCAUGGGCCAUCACAGUUGCGCGCUAGGCUUGUUCUUGAUGCGAUGGGAUCAGGCUCGCCAAUUGUAUCUCAGGCCCGCAAGGGUGCUCCGCCGGAUGCAGCUUGUUUAGUGGUUGGGACCAUGGCAAGCGGGUACCCAGCUGCAGCCAACACGUCCGGCGAUUACCUCUACGCCUGCACGCCCAAAACGAAAUCCGGCCAUCAAGCUUUCUGGGAAGCUUUCCCGUCUGCCAAUGGUGGGACAGAUGGAACAGACAGAACAACAUACUACUUUACGUACGUACUGCCUGGAUUAGAGAACCUCCCAUCGAUCACAGAUGUUUUUGAAGAGUACGUGGAGGCACUGCCUCAGUAUCAGCAGGUUCCCUUGGCAGAUCUCAAGGUUCGCCGCGCUCUGUGUGCAAGCUUUGUGGCCUACAAGGACUCUCCGCUGCCCACGCCCUUCGACCGGGUACUUCCAGUCGGUGAUGCGGCGGGCAUCCAAUCGCCACUUUCAUUCGGCGGCUUUGGAGCCUUGUGCCGGCACCUUCCCCGGCUCAGAACGGCCAUCUCAGAAGCCUUGGCUCACGAUCUGCUCUCGGCCAAGGACUUGAGCCAGAUCAACCCAUACCUGCCCAAUUUGUCGAUGCAGUGGACAAUGUACCGCUCCAUAGCGCAGCCUCCCGAAGAGGAGCCAGAGUUUGUCACCAGAAUGAUGGGUGGUAUCCUGAGUGCUUCAUCUCGAUGUGGGCCAGAAGUCAUGAUGCCAAUCCUUCAAGAUGUCUUCAGCCUGUCAGCCCUGGCCCCAACUCUGGUUUCGUGGAUGUCGUGCGACCCAGGCAUCAUUCCGCUAUUCGUGCGAAGCAUGGGCACAUCAAAUGUGGCAGGGGCCUUGAGUCAUUUGGGGGCUCUGACCCUCUAUACUGGCCUGUCCAAGCUGGAGCCUUUGCUUCGGCCUUAUGCGGACUCUCUUCCUGCAGCCGAGCGCUUCGAAUGGCAUCGUCGAUUCGAGGCCUGGAAGUAUGGAAGUGGCUUAGACUAUGAGCACUAA